CACGGUCACGGAGCACGAUGCUAACCGCUGACGAAUGUUCCGUGAAGAAUGUCACCGGCUCACCGGGACAGUUGAGCCGAGCGGUAACUACCGUGCACCGCAUCACGAGAGGCACGAGCGCAACCUCGGAACGCUACAAGAUCUGACGGCGGCGACGCUCCCCUCGUGACCACCCCCCGUGGGGCUACCACUCUGACACCCGCAGUCCUCUCCUCCCCCCAAAGCAAAGCCAAGCAAAGGCAAAGCCCCCGUCCGGCGCCGGAAGUCCUGGACCAAAACCCGCCACAGCCUUGGCCCCGCCCCGCCCCGCUCCCGAUCCGGCCGCCCCAAGCCGAGCCAGCCAGGAUGUCCCAUUCGCCGGCGCCCAGCGGCGGCGGGGGGCAGCAGCCGCUGGUCGUCUCGCUCAACUGCCUCGACGACCCCUCGCUGGAGCAGGAGGGCCUGGCCGGCGUGGCCGCGGUCGAGCACGUGCCCCUCUCCGCCGUCGCCUCGGGCCGCGUCGAGGCCGCCGCCGCCGUGCUCCUCCCCUCCCUCGCCUUCCUCCCGCGCGCCGCCCAGCGCCGCCUGCGGCCCUGGCAGCUCCUGCUCUGCCUCGGCUCCGCGGACCGCGCCGCCGACGCCGCCCUCGCCGCCGACCUCGGCCUCCGCCUCGUCCACGUCGACGCCAACCGCGCCGAGGAGGUCGCCGACACCGUCAUGGCGCUCAUCCUCGGCCUGCUCCGCCGGACGCACCUGCUCUCGCGCCAGGCUUCCUCGGCCCCGGCCGCGGUCGCCGCCGGAUGGCUCGGCUCCGUCCAGCCGAUGUGCCGCGGCAUGCGGCGAUGCCGCGGCCUCGUGCUGGGCAUCAUUGGCCGGUCCGCCGCCGCCCGCUGCCUCGCGACGCGCAGCCUCGCAUUUCGGAUGAGCGUGCUCUACUUCGAUCCGCGCUAUGUGGCCAAUGGGGAAACAAAGAGGCCUUCUAUUGUGUUUCCUUCUGCAGCGAGGAGAAUGGAUACUCUCAACGAUUUAUUAGCAGCAAGUGACCUUGUUUCACUGCAUUGUGCGUUAACGAAUGACACCAUGCAUAUACUUAACGCAGACUGUCUGCAGCACAUAAAACCUGGAGCUUUCAUUGUCAAUACUGGUAGUUGCCAGCUUAUAGAUGACUGUGCACUCAAACAGCUCUUGAUUGAUGGUACCAUAGCUGGUUGCGCAUUGGAUGGUGCUGAAGGUCCACAGUGGAUGGAAGCAUGGGUGAGGGAGAUGCCAAAUGUUUUAAUUCUUCCACGGAGUGCAGAUUACAGCGAAGAAGUGUGGAUGGAAAUAAGAGAGAAAGCAAUCACUAUGUUACAGUCCUUUUUCUUUGAUGGUAUUCUUCCAACUAGUGCAAUUUCUGAUGAAGAUGAUGAAAUAAGUGAAGCUGGAAAUGAAGAUGAUCAUCUAGACACACAGGCAAAAGAUAGCCAGUCACAGAUUUUUGAUGCUGAAAUAGAUGAAAGCCACUUAACUCUGGAGUAUGAAAAGAAAAGAGCCGUGUCCCACCAUAAAGAGCCUCAGGCUUCUGGAAAAUCUGUAAACAUUGGCUCCCGAUCUGAAGGAAGGCGUAGUCGAUCAGGAAAGAAAGGAAAAAAGAGGCCUGCUCAUCGCAGAUCUCAGCAGAAACCUGAUGACUUGUCUGCUGUAGAGAGUGAUAGUAAUUAUUCCUCACGGAGAGAUGAUGACACUGCAAUGAGUAGCAGGGACCAGGUUGUAAGUUCCAGUUCACGAUUUGCCUCUCCUGAGGACUCAAAAUACAAGCAGAAAUCUCUUGUUGAUUCACCAAUGGAAAUAACAUCUGAAAAGAAGGUGCCUAUACUGCUCAGUAGAAAAUAUCCUGAUAAACUGAAAGAUGGUUUUGUUGUUGCAUUGAGAGCAAGAGAUAAUUCAGGGUACCAUGUUGCGAGACAGAGAGUAGUUGGUGGUGGUGGCUGGAUUCUUGAUGUUGUGUCAAAUGCUACAAACAGAGAUCCUGCUGCUCAGUUCCUAGUUACUUUCAAAAACAAGGAUACUAUGGGGCUACGAUCCUUUGUUGCUGGUGGUAAACUACUGCAGAUUAAUAGGAAGACGGAGUUUGUAUUUGCAAGCCAUUCUUUCGAUGUUUGGGAAAGCUGGAUGCUGGAUGGUUCUUUGCUGGAGGGUUGUAAGCUUAUCAACUGCAGAAAUCCAUCGGCUGUUCUGGACGUGUGCAUUGAGAUCCUUGCAGCUGCAAGUGAAGAAGAUGGAGUCACUCGGUGGCUUGAUUAGCCACGCUGGCCGCUGGGGGCUGCAAAAAUGAACUGACUGAUCAUUACUGUUUGGUUCUGCUUGCUUCCGGUUUUUUCUUUCUGCUCAAAUUUUGGUUUCUCUGAUACAGGAACCCCUGUAGCUGUAGGCACAUCAUGUGCACAUCACGUUUGUUAGUACUGUCGUUAUUGUCGUGUAGCCAUCCUCGUGCCACACGCUUCUGGCGAUGCAAGACUGCAUAUCGUGUUAGUAAUAGGAGUACACAUGCACAAGCGUGGUUGAUGCUGACUUGAGCGUACAGGUAAACUGCUGAAGGCAGCCGCUGCUGCAUUUUAACAA